AUGAUCACUUUAAUUUUAUUUUGCCUAUUGCCAUCAAGUUUCAGUUAAACAAAAAAUUAACGAUACUUUGAAGUAAUAGCCUUACAAAUUUUUAACACCAAAGAUAUCGUUCCAAAAAAUUUAUCUGAAAAAUAAAAGAUUACCAUUACUCUUGCCUAUGAAGAAGGAGAAAUUCCAAUUUUAGUUAUUUGUAAUAAAUAACCGCAAAUUAAUGAUAUGAUUAGUUAUGAAACAAUUUAAAAGUAAGAAUAUAUUCCAAUUUUAGAGAAAAUUGCAUAAGUGAUAUAAAUGCUUAUGAUUAGAAAUUUUAAAAUCAAUCCAUUUCAUUAAUAAAGAAUUAAAAAUCCUAAGCAUUUCAAAAAAAUUUUAAUAUAUAUUAAUUCUAAAGCUCGAAUAUGUUUGUAGGUGCAUACUCUAAACUCUAGUCAACAUAUUCUAUAUUUGUUUAUAUUUAAUCAUUAUAUAAUUGUGCAAAGUAUUUAUUAAUUUUAAAAUUAGAGAAUGUCAAAAUGGUGGAAGUUGUUUUUAUGGAUUAUGUGAGUGUAUAGAAGGAACUUUUGGUGAUGAUUGUAGUAUAUCUGGAUUAAAUAUCAAAGAUCAAUUAAAGUUAUCACCAGAUAAAUUAUAUUAUUUGAGCUUAUAUUCAGCAGGAUCGACAUUUUAGAGAAUUCUCUCUAAUUAAAUACCUCUAAGAUAGUAAUGUUAUGCAGAGAUACCUUUUAUUGAUUAAGGUUCACUUUUGAUAACAAAUGUACUGUAAUUAACUUAUGAUAAAAUUUAAUAUUGUAAAAAUAUGACUGAGACAUUAUAAGAGGAAAUUAAAAUUAAAUAAAAUGCUUACAUAAUUUUUAAAGUGUAUAGCUAAUUUGAUGUCAAUAUUCUUCUUAACAAUAAUGAUAAUGAUAGUUUAUAAAGAAUAAUGAUGAUGAUUUUUAUUCCACUUUGUGUGAUAUUGUUUUUUUUUUUAAUUUGUUGUUGUGUUAAAUUUUACAGAUAAAAACUAGAAUAAGCAUAAAUUCAUAAGAAAAUAGAAUAAACUGAAGCAGGAAAUUAUGUGAAUCAAUAUAUGCCAACAAUUAAAUUUUCAUAAGUUAAAGAUAUAAUUUAAGAAGAUAUAAAUGAGAAAGAUGUUUAUUGUUCAAUUUGUUUAGAGUAAUUUGAUAGAUAGAAUGAUGUAAAAGUGACUUAUUGCAAACACAUUUACCAUUCACAAUGUUUGUCAAUGUGGUUAUUUAAGAUUAAAGUAUAGUUAAUAAUAACUAUUUAGAUCUGCCCUUUAUGCAGAGCACCAUUAGACGAAAAAACUUUAACAUCCUUAAUGCAUUAAAGAUCUUAGACUUUAAUAGAUCAAAUAUCUAGUAAAUCAUCUGCCAAUAAUAAAUUGAAGAUAACUUCAUUGAAUUCAUUGUCUAGUUUAAAUGGACCGAUUAAUUAAAAUGCAUUUUAACAUUUAAAUUAUUAAAGAAGCUUAGUUUUGGUAGAAUAAUGA